GAAGGUACAUUACAGCUUCCCGGGCGUUCUGUCCGCCCUCGGCCGGACGAGGAGGAAUCGUGGGAAGAUUCCCGCGAGCCGGCGGCGUCGUCAGCAGCGAUCGACGCCGAUGAGCAUUCGAAUUGGGGACGACACGAAUGGAAGCGAGCGAGCGAGCCCGAAUCAUUUGAAAUUGUCGAGCCGCGGUCGGGGCGGGAACUCUGCGGCCUUCUAGUCUCUCGCUUUUACUGUCAGCCUCGAAUUUCAGUGCCCGGCCUCUGGGCACUUGAUGCGGACUUUAGGGUAGUAGUUGUUGGAGCCACCGGACGAUAUGCUCGUCGGUUCUUUUCUUCUCGAUUCUGUUCGUCACAUGGCAGCAUCAACGCAAGGUGCUCUUUUGCGCCUAGUUGAAAUUGCAAGGUUUUAGGUGCCCCAUGAUUACGUGGUACAUGUCCGUUCCGCUUUUGCAGCCAUGGCUUCUGGUAUAUGUAGCUCUGCUGCUUCGCUGAAAAUUUCGCACAAGGAGGAAUGCACUUUCGGGAGUCUUUGUGGGUCCAGCUGCAGCCACGGGAAUGCGUAGAUUAUAAUCGGGGAAGUAAAGCGUCAGUUGCUUUGGCGGGACUAAGACUCACUGUUGCUGUUUCGGUUUGAUGAGAACAGUCAGUCUCAGAGAGCCUGAGGAUUAUGUCCGUGCGCUAAUUGCACGUGUAUGUAAGUCGGGGUGUUCCAGCUACGGAUUCUUUUUUCUCUGAUUCCGAAUAUGUUACCUCAAUUUGGAAGCUCUCGAUUCUUGUGAGGCUACUUGUCACUCAUCCAGCUGCGACAAUCGAUUCCACGGUUUUUUCGUUCACCAAAAGCGGGAAGAUGUGAAAUGACAGAAGUGAUCCACCUCAGCCGGCAAAGGAAGAAGUCAAGCGAGCGGGAGUUGAGAAUGUCUGGCGUGAUUUUGGAUCUGAACAGUCUGCCUGAUGAGGGUCGCCCUACCGUUGUAUACGAGUAUUCAGGGUUGCUUUCUAAAGAUGGUAUCCUGGUAUCACCUGUUGCCGUGAUUCACUUACCCAUAAGCUUGCCUAGUAAUCUGAACUUUUCAGACUUCAAACCUGCUGCAUAUUAUCCAUUAGACAACUUGCCUUCUUUCGACUUACACCCGCAAAAUCCGUCACCAAAUGCUUCCAUCCCAGAUCGACGACAUGAGUGGCUUAAAUUCACUUCUUUCCUACAUGCGAGAGACAAGGUUAUACCUAUUAUCGUCGGUGAAUGGGAACUACUUAUCAAACCACCCAAAGUACGUCCUACUGAGAAAAGCCCUCUCCGUGUCUGCUAUCGAAAGCUUCAAAAAUUUCGAGCCCCUGCAUGCGAGAUAUCACCUACUCCAUCUCCGACGGUGGCGCCUGCAUGCGAGAUAUCACCUACUCCAUCUCCGACAGUGGCACCGGCUCCGCAGCCGGUUAGCGGUAGUGUCCAUUCAAUACCUGCGGCGGACGUCGGUAGGUCGAGCGCCGAAGUUCUUGACCCACCUGAGAAUCUUCGAGACAAUUCCAAAGAAAGACGGAGUUUAGGGCAAAUGCACCCAAGCUACCUUCAAACGUUGGCGCAAUUGCAUGCUUCUUGGCAGUUCGGAGGUUUGGCAGAACUUGUAGAUAACGCGAGGGAUGCCCAAGCAACUCGAUUAAACAUUAGCAUCACCACGGUUAAAAUGAAAGGGAAAUCAGAUCUUAUGCCACUGUUACGAAUCGAGGACAAUGGGAGAGGGAUGAAUCACGAGGAAAUUGUCCGUAUGCUCCAGUUUGGUCAUAAGAUGGCAAAUCAUAAAGAUCACAAUCAUAUCGGUUACUUUGGUGUCGGAUUUAAGUCGGGAUCAAUGCGACUUGGUAGGGAUGUGAUAAUUUUGACCCAAUCGAAGGAUUCUCGCUCCAUCGGGUUUUUGUCUACCUCGUAUAACGCAGAUAAGGAGAUUUUGGAGGUACCCAUCGUCACAUAUCGAAAGGUUCACGGAAUUAUGGAGAUGGAUUUAAGUGUACAAACCGAGGAGCAAGGGCAGGCUUGUCUUCAGGCUGUGAAAACUUUUUCGCCAUUUAACGAAUUUGAAAUUGGUUCUUUCUUUGACAAAAUUGGGGAAGGCAAGGGUAACGGCACAUACAUUUUGAUCUAUAAUCUGGAUCGGUGGGGAAAGGAAUAUGCAUUACAGUGGGAUGAUGAAGAUCCGACGAAAUAUCAUACACGCCGUGAUAGAGAUAUAACAAUACGUUCAAAACGUGUACGAGCCAGACCGAGUCAAACCAGCAAGGAGAUCCCCUUGGAUUAUUCUCUUCGUUCUUAUCUGGAGGUUUUGUUCCUGGAUCCACGAAUGAUCAUAAGGAUACAAGGAUCAAAGGUUAAGACUACGAGACUUGCUCAAUCUUUGAACAAAACGUACAGAAGAAAGGGCAAUGUUUGUGGUAAAGUCAUAGAGCUUACUUUGGGACGGUCCUCAGUUGAAUAUAAUAGAGGGAACUGCGGCAUUUUUCUGUAUUGGCAUGGACGCUUGAUCGAGGCUUAUAAGAGGGUUGGCGGAAUGGUUCACAGUGCCGACGUAGGUCGUGGAGUGAUUGGAGUGAUAGACGUCACCACACUGAUGGAAGAUGAUCAUGGAACUAAAGUUUUAAACACCAAGCAGUCAUUUGAAGAUUGUGAAGAGUAUGCCAUAUUAGAGAAGUGGCUUGGGGAUAUUUUUAACGAUUAUUGGUACCGCUAUUUUGAUAACUUGGAAGUGGUCAGUGAGACGAAUGACGGUCAAGCUCAUUUCGAGCCUGAUCGAGAAUGGGUUCAAUGUGAUAAGUGUCGGAAGUGGAGGAAACUCCCUGGAGGUGUUCACACUAGUGACCUGCCUGAAGAAUGGUUUUGUUACAUGAAGCCCUACGCCAAAACUUGUAGUGAGCCAGAGGAACAGGCAGAGAACGAUAUUGUCACAGUUGGUGUAAAUCGAACAAACGUGCCCACACCGCCUGUGAAUCGAACAAGCGUGCCCUCACCUCCUAUUAAUCGAACCAGCGUGCCCACACUUGUUGUGGAAUCAACGAGCAAUCCCACCACGUCUUCGCGGAUUUUUCCAAAAUCGGAGCCAGAUGUUGAAGAUGACGACCUUUCAACUCCAAUUGGAACUCUUUUCAAGCGACAAGCUAGAAGAUCUGUAGUAGGUGUUGCAGCAACAACGCAGGUACCUGCUGUACGAGCUCCAGAAUCUCCUUCUCCAAAGCAGGGUAAUAUGUCACCAAUCAGGAAGAGGUUAAGGAAAAGAAAGUGAUUUGUUUAUUGAGGCUACCAAAUUGCUGUAAGAUUCCAAGUCCCAUCAGAGCGUUGACCACACCAGAUCGGCAGCUUGUAAGUAAGGAUGAGUGUAAUUGUCAUCAGUGUCACUGUGACAUCAGGGUUGUACACCUGCGGGGCUGUAAACACUAUCCUGUGCUCAACUUUUCUUUCUGGCGCCACCUUAUCAACGUGUGCACCCACACUUGUAAAACCUGGGGAGCUCACCGGGUACACGCUCGGGACUGUUCACCUGUCCUAAACGGGGCUUUAAUGACCAGAUCAUGUGCUGUCCUCAUAUAUUAAGAGCGUAAUUGCAACCAGGUUCGAUCUCGGUAUCAAAUUAUGUUGCAUGUAGGAGGUCUUGUUCGCUGUCUUAAUUCUCUUACGGUGGUUGUUACUGAAGUCCAGUUUGGAUACUAUCAUUUGGCACACUGAGGAGAGCACUGUACAUAUAGCAUUCUUGCCACUCAAAUCAGAAUGGCCCGAAUAGUCACAGAAGCAGCCCUCGCUGCGUGCUUACUCCAAUGUAAACCGAGUUGAGUUCCAGAUAACAGUACAUGUAGGUUCAGGAGAUGCACUGGGUGGUGGAAUCCACCCCCUCGACAGAAGAGAUCUUUUUGUAGCCAAGUUCAUUUGGAACUUGGAUUUCAACCUGUUAGUCUGGCCAAGGGUGACAUACAUGGUCACGAUGUUUCUCAUUUGGGUAUGAGCCACCCUAUGUAAGUAUAUCUGGCUG